AGUGGGUGAAGGGCAGAGAGACAGUGGGUGAAGGACGUAGAGACAGUGGGUGAAGGGCGUAGAGACAGUGGGUGAAGGACAUAAGGCCAUGGGUGAAGGGCGUAGAGACAGUGGGUGAAGGACGUAGAGACAGUGGGUGAAGGGCGUAGAGACUGUGGGUGAAGGACGUAGAGACAGUGGGUGAAGGGUGUAGAGAUAGUGGGUGAAGGGCAGAGAGACAGUGGGUGAAGAACAUAGAGACAGUGGAUGAUGGACAUAAGGCCCGUGGGUGAAGGGCAGAGAGACAGUGGGUGAAGAACAUAGAGACAGUGGGUGAAGGACAUAAGGCCGUGGGUGAAGGGCGUAGAGACAGUGGGUGAAGAACGUAGAGACAGUGGGUGAAGGGCGUAGAGACAGUGGGUGAAGGACGUAGAGACAGUUGGUGAAGGGCGUAGAGACAGUGGUUGAAGGGCGUAGAGACAGUGGUUGAAGGGCGUAGAGACAGUGGGUGAAGGGCGUAGAGACAGUGGGUGAAGGGCAUAGAGACAGUGGGUGAAGGGCGUAGAGACAGUGGGUGAAGGGCGUAGAGACAGUGGGUGAAAGAUGUAGAGACAGUGGGUGAAGGGCGUAGAGACAGUGGGUGAAGGGCGUAGAGACAGUGGGUGAAGGGCGUAGAGACAGUGAGUGAAGGGCAUAGAGACAGUGCAGCUGAGCGGAGGAGGUACAGGGCAUCCACAUUAUUUUUAUUGAUUUUAAAUCAAUUAUUGGGGGGAUGAAUCGACCUGUUCUGAAUGUUGUGGGGGGGACAUGUCUCCCCUGCCAAUUACAAGCAUCAUUUACUUUACUUUUCUAUGAACUGUGAUACCUUUUCAAAAAGUGAUUUAUUGCCCACCUUCCCUACAGAAUCGCAUGCUCCAUCCAUGACAGUGUGGGGGUCCAGAGUGAAGCGCUGCAUGGGGCCUAUCGUCUACACGGCUCCCCCAGAUGGUGGCUGGGGCUGGGUGGUGGCAGUCUCCUUCUUCCUGGUGGAAGUGUUCACCUACGGAGUCAUCAAGAGCCUGGGCAUCUUCCUCCAGGACCUGAUGGGGGAGUUUGGGGAGAGCAACAGCCGAGUCUCUUGGAUCAUCUCCAUCUGUGUCUUCGUCAUGGCCUUCACUGCUCCUCUCGCUUCUGUGAUGACCAACCGGUUUGGCUUCCAGACAGUUGUUAUGAUUGGUGGACUCCUCGUCUCCAUAGGAACCAUCGCCAGUGGCUUCACCAAAUCCAUCAACGAGAUGUACAUCACCAUCGGACUCGUUGCAGGUCUGGGGUACUGUCUGACCUUCCUGCCCACCAUUACUCUCCUGUCCCAGUACUUCUCCCACCGACGCUCCUUGGUCACAGCUGUCGCCUCCACAGGAGAGUCCUUCUCUGUGUUCGCGCUCGCCCCAGCCUUCUCUGCUCUGAGGGACUGUAUCGGCUGGCGUUACACCCUGGUGGUGAUCGGAGCUCUACAGGGCAUCAUCAUCAUCUGUGGAGUUCUGCUAAGACCCAUCAUCAUCAGACCUGGACCAGCCACAGAGACAGAAACUGAUGGACUGGCUGACAAAGAGCUGAAGGCUCUGAACACAGAGGAGGAGUACUACAGUAAGGAGAGGUUGUACACUAAGGGCAGUUCAUAUGCUAAGGAUGGGUCUUACACACUGCAGAGGGAUAGCAAGCUGGCUCAUCGUUACUCCCUGAGCUCUGGAGAGUCUGUAAACUCUGAAGUUCAGUCCCUCCAUCACCAGGUCCUGGAGGACGGCAGUAAGGCAGGGGAGGAGAUAGAGGAAGUUGAGGCGUCUUCACAGAGGUGCUUAGGAAGCAAGGAGAAGGAGAUGGAGAAGGACGAGGAGACGGAGGAGAAGGAUGAGAAGCAGACACAAACACUAUCCCCCCAGAAACUCCUUGACUUCUCCAUGUUAAGAGAAGGCAGCUUCAUCUGCUACGCUCUCUUCGGCCUUUUUGCCACAUUGGGUUUCUUCGCCCCUCAGCUCUACAUCAUCGAACUGAGUGUGAACCGUGGCGUGAUGCGUCACCGCGCCGCCCACAUGCUCUCCGCCAUGGCCUUUGCCGAGAUCUUCGGCCGCCUCUCCAUUGGUUGGGUGCUAGGCAGGAAGCUGUUCAGAGGCAGGAAGCCCCUGGUGCUGCUGGGAUGUGUAGUUCUGCUGUGCCUGGUGCUGGUGGCCUUUACCCUGGUGUGGGAGUUCUGGGGCCUGGCCGUGUGUUGUGGGUUCUAUGGGUUUUUUAUAGGCACAGUGUCGUCGACACAUAUACCCAUGCUGGCAGAGGAGGAUGUGGUGGGCAUAGAAAGGAUGUCGUCAGCUGUGGGGGUCUAUGUGUUUAUACAAAGUUUCGCUGGGCUGGCGGGACCACCUCUGGGAGGUGUUCUUGUGGACCUGACUCAGAACUACGGCUCAGCGUUCUACUCCUGUGCGGUGGGUAUGAGUCUAGGGGCUGUGUUCCUGGGUCUGGUACGACCAGCCAAGAGAGGCCUGCUCUGCUGCAGCACAACCAGGCCUCAGAGCAUUUCCUAUUAUUCUAAUAAUACGAAGUGCUCUGAGACCAGGUUGUACAGCAGGAGGGGGCAUCAGAACCUCCCAGAACCCAUGCAGGUGGGGCCGGGGAACCCUGUACCUCAGCGAGAGGGGAAGGAGGCCCAGGACAGAGACAGUCCUCAGGACUUCCUAGAAGUUAACCUUGAUUUGGACCAGAAAACGUUACUGAAAAAGGCCAACAGAUGACAAUCUCUACUUGCAAAGACAUCACAAAGAUCUGGUUUUGGGUGUCUGGAGAGUGGCUCACACUGAACAAAGGAAAUCCCAAUCACGGCCGGUUAUGAUACAGCCUGAAAUCAAACCAGGGUGUCUGUAGCGACGCUGAAAUGCAGUGCCUUAGACCACUGCGCCACACGGGAGCCCAUGAACAUGAACACACUGUUUUGGCUCAUGGUAUUGUAAGAGAGGAUACAAACAAUAUGUAGAUACAUGAAGUCAGCUGUGAAGAAACAAUAACACCAUGACAUCAUGUUGUAUUCAAUUACUUUUUAAACUUCACUUUACAUUUUUUAGACAAAGCAAUCACUUGGUACUAAUA